AAAAGUGGUGUGGUGUGGUGUGGUGUCAUCCUUUACAAAACCUAAAUUCUGCACACCACCCUUCUUUUCUCUGCGUAUCCAAACGCCUGCGUUUUCUUUUCUCUCCGAGGCUUCGAGAAUCAUUCUGCUGGGAUGUCUGGGGAAGUUUAUGAUGGACAAGAUGCAAGCUACGUGCCUGAGAACCCUGAGUUUCCGCAAAACCAUUCUGAUGAACACGAUGGAGGAAAUGUGAUUGAUGACUCAGGGUUUCCGCAACUGCAGCCCGAUGAACAUGAUGCGGACAAUUUGGCUGAGGAUGCCAUUGCCGACCAUCCUGAAAAUAAUUUUGAUGGGAAUGACAUUGAAGGUUUGCCUGAAAACCCUGAUUUUCCUUCGGAAGAGAAUGCCGAGGAACAACAUGGUGAAGGAGAUUUGACUGAGAAUUUUGGUACUGAGGAAAAACAGGGAUCUGAGGAGGAUUCAAAAGGAGGUGAAAUAAAGAAGUGGCCAGGGUGGCCUGGAGAGAAUGUUUUUAGGAUGUUGGUUCCUGUGCAGAAGGUUGGAAGUAUUAUUGGCCGUAAGGGUGAGUUUAUUAGGAAAAUUACUGAAGAGACUAAGGCUCGUAUAAAAAUUCUUGAUGGUCCACCUGGAACUGCAGAACGAGCUGUAAUGGUUUCUGCAAAAGAAGAGCCAGAUCGCAGCAUACCGCCUGCUGUGGAUGGUUUGUUAAGGGUUCAUAAACAAGUUGUCAAUGUUGACCCUCAUCCUGCUGAUAGUGCAUCAGGUGCAGGGCGCCCAGUUGUUACAAGACUUCUAGUGGCAGAUACUCAAGCAGGAAGCUUGAUUGGGAAACAGGGGUCCACUAUAAAAUCAUUUCAAGAUGGCACAGGAUGCAAUAUACGGGUUCUUGGUUCAGAACACCUGCCAGUUUUUGCUCUGCGAGAUGAUAGUGUUGUUGAAAUACAAGGGGAAUCUCCUGGGGUUCACAAGGCAGUUGAACUUAUUGCUAUUCAUCUACGAAAAUUCUUGGUCGACCGCAGCAUUGUUGGAGUAUUUGAAACACAGAUGCAAAGGCCAGAUGUUCGAGCAAACCAGAAUGUUCCACCAGGCCCACCACACCAACCUUGGGGUCCUCCUCAAGGUUUUCCAGCUCCUGGACCUGGUAGUGGUGGUGGACCUGCUUUUCCACCCAAUCCUCAGUAUAUGCCACCUUCACAUAACUAUGAUAAUUACUACCCACCUGCUGACCUGCCUCCUAUGGACAAGCACCUUCAUCAGGGUCCAGCACCUGCUUAUGUAAGAGAUGCUUCUAUGGGAAUUCAUUCAUCCAGUGCACAGCCACAACAGUCUGUUGUGACUAAGGUCACCCAGCAUAUGCAAAUUCCUCUGUCCUAUGCAGAUGCUGUUAUUGGAGCGUCAGGGGCAAACAUCAGCUACAUUCGUCGUGCUAGUGGAGCAAGUAUUACAAUUCAGGAGACCAGAGGUGUGCCAGGAGAGAUGACUGUUGAGAUUAGUGGGACUGCUUCACAAAUACAGGCUGCCCAACAGCUAGUGCAGAAUUUCAUGGCUGAAGCAGCAAGUGCGACGCAGGAUCAUAUGGGGGGAUCAAUUAAUCAAGGUUACAAUUCCUAUCCAACUAAUGCUCCUGUGUAUGCAUCUCCACCCCCAAGUGCUGGUGGUCAUGCAGGCCAUGUACCUUCUGCAGAUUAUGGUCCCGUUUAUGGCACCAAUUAUGGUUAUUGAGAACAUUCUAUUCAAUUUUAGACGAGGGGCCUUUCGUUUUGUAAACAUUGAGCGUUCAAUUUUAGAUGUAGUUCUCGUGGGUAUUGUAACUGGGCCUGAGCUUGCCCUGUGUCCUAAUAUCGCUUUUAUAUUUCGCUGUAUUACAUUUGGUAUAAUGACUGAAUAGGCUUUAGGAAAUGAUAAUUUCGUAGUUUUUUUAUUGGCUUAACUAA